AUGGUUAACUAUCCAAACCUUUCUGUAUUUGAUCCUGUUUCUAUUUUGUCCAGUGCUACUUCUGGAACAAAAAGGAGAGGCGGACCAGGCGGUCUAAACAAAGUCUGUGGUGUUUCACCUGAGCUUCAGGCCAUUGUUGGUCAACCCGCGAUGCCCAGGACAGAGUUGGCUGUGAAGCACCUGUGGGUGUACAUCAGGAAACACAACUUACAGGAUCCUGGUAACAAACGAGAGAUUAUCUGCAAUGAUGCUUUGCGAGCACUCUUUGAAACAGACUGCACUGAUAUGUUCAAGAUGAAUAAGAUGCUGGCUAAACAUAUUACGGCACUAGAUCCUUCAAAACAAGCUGAGCAAGCUAAAAGAUUGAAGGUUGAAGCUGAUUCUGUGGCUGCUAAGUUUGAACAACAUGGUUCAUCCACUGUUACAAUAUCUGAUGCGCUCGCCAAAUUUUAUGGAAGUGAAGAAAAGGAGAUACUCCAAACAGAGGCCACGAAACGUAUUUGGGAGUAUAUAAAGCUAAACCAACUUGAGAUAGAUGUCUAUAAUCUAUUUGUUUUCUUUUGGUUAUACAGAGGCGAUGUGUUUGUGUUUCUCUCCUCUUAGUUCCUUUCUAGUUUUCUACCUCCUUCCCAAGCAACAUAAUCACAUAUCUUUGCUUCUUUAGCAUAUCUUUUCUGCUUGCAGGAUCCUGUAAAUUCUAUGGUGAUUGUGUGUGACGCAAAGCUUCAAGAACUCCUACAAUGUGAAAGCAUUUCUGCUGCAGAAAUACCUGAAAUGCUGGCAUGUCGUCAUUUUGUCCAAUGACUAUACGUCUACGUCACUAUGAUAGGUAAAAAGAUCAUGUUACAUUAACCCCUUCAUACGCAGAAAGGCUAGUUUACCAUUUUGUCCUCGAGGGAGAUUGUGUCAAAUCAAGAAACAUAACAAAUAUUCCGUGAUG